AUGUCUCCUGUAGCUAUUUUGCUGCUGUUGGCAGCUGGAUCAUGUGUGAAAUGUGAACAGCUGACACAGCCAGACUCUGUCAAUGUACAGCCAGGUCAGCGACUUACCAUCAGCUGUCAGGUCUCUUAUUCUGUAACAAGCUACUGGACUGGAUGGAUCCGACAGGCUGCAGGCAAAGGACUGGAGUGGAUAGGAUGCAGAGUUGGCUCAAGUACAUCCUAUAAAGAUUCACUAAAAAAUAAGUUCAGCAUCGACAUAGACUCUUCCAGAAACACAGCAACUCUUAAUGGACAAAACAUGCAGCCUGAAGACACUGCUGUGUAUUACUGUGCGAGAGACCACAAUAACCGUGGCAACUACUUUGACUACUGGGGACAAGGAACCACUGUCACUGUCACAUCAGCCACUCAGCAUGCUCCAACUGUGUUCCCGCUGAUUCCUUGUGGCUCCGGGGGCAGCGACAUGGUCACCCUCGGCUGCCUUGCCACUGGUUUCAACCCCCCUUCCAUUACUUUUUCCUGGCAACAAGGCAAUACUAAUUUGGACAACUUCAUCCAGUAUCCUUCAAUACAGAAGGGCAGUGAAUACGUCGGAAUUAGUCAGGUCCAAGUAAGAAGACAGGACUGGGAAGCAAAUAAUUCCUUCAAAUGUGUCGCAAAUCACGCUGCAGGACAACAACAUGCUUCAAUGGUCAAACCAAAGGAGGUUUUUCAGGCUCCGACUCUUAAAGUGUGUUCCUCCGUUGAUGAGGACAAAGAGGAGGCUUACUUCUCCUGCUUUGCCAAAGAUUUUACACCAAAUAAGUAUGAGAUCACAUGGAAGAAAGAUGAUAAAGACAUCAGCGAGAGGAUAGAUGAGGUCAACACAUCGGCUCAGGGAAGAAAUGACACAAACGGAACUAUUCUGUACAGUGUUGGAAGUCUGCUCACACUGAAAACCACUGAAGUGCUUCAAGACACAAAGAUAACAUGUAUUUUUAAGGGAAAAGGUGAAAAUAACACUCCAGUCUACAGAAAUGCAACUGUGUCCCACAAGGAAUGUACAGGUGCGACUGAGGGUUGUCUUGAAGCAGAUGUGGAUGUAACCAUCAUACCCCCAACAUUGCAAGACAUGUUUGAGAAAGGACAAGGAAAAUUAAUAUGUCAAGCCAAAUUUAAAAGGGGCAGAUUUGAGACCAUUUUCUGGGAGAAAACGAACGACAACACAAAACUUGUAGGCACAAACCGGACUUUAGGAUCAAGAACAUAUGAAGCUGAGACUGAAAUCACCUAUGAUGAAUGGCGCAAGGGGGAAACUUAUACCUGUGAAAUCCAGAACAAGGAUUGGAUUGAACCAUUAAGGAAAGAGUAUAACAGAAAUAAUAAUGGAAAGGAAAUGAAGCGUCCAUCAGUGUUUAUGUUGCCCCCAGUAGAACAACCUAGAGAAAAAACAGUGAUCCUGACUUGCUAUGUGAAAGGCUUCUAUCCUCAGGAGGUUUAUGUGGCUUGGCUUGUUGAUGAUGAGGCAAACACAAUAUAUUCAUUCAAUACCACAGAACCUGUGGAAGUCGACGGAUCCUUCUCUGUUUACAGCCAGUUGGUCCUCACAACAGAGGAAUGGGAGCAGACUGAUGUGGUGUAUAGCUGUGCUGUUCAACAUGAGUCACUUGCUAAGCCAGCCAGAUCUAUUGUCAGAUCUAUUGGAUACAGAACCUUUAAAAACACCAACGUGGUCAACCUCAGCAUGAACGUCCCUGAAAAGUCUGUAAGGAUUAUCCAGCCAAAUAUCACUUUGUACUCUGAAAUGGAGCUCUCAGAAGUCAGACUCGUCUGCGAUUUGAGAGGGUAUUUUCCCAAUGAAUUGACUGUGAAGUGGUACAAGAAUGGCCAAGAGAUACAAAACAUCUCCCCAAAGGAAACAACAUUCCAGAGUUUAGAUGGGGAGGCGAUAACCUACAGUCGAACCACUGAGAUUAAAGUAGAUAUGAAGGACUGGAAGACAGGGUCAAGCUUUACCUGCGAGUCGAUUAAACAAGGCACUAAAAUUGCAAAAACAACAGACAUUUGUCAGAAGUGGAAAUCAGGAAUGGUCUUCACAUGUGAAGUCUCUGAUCCAUCUCUGAAAAAGGUUGUCAAAAAGGAAAUCAGUGUCUGUUCAGUUUCUUCAAGCACACCUCCUGUCAUUGAAAUUGUGAAUCCAGUUUUUGCUGUUGUAAUGACACAAUCUUCUGUGAAAGCUAUUUGUCUGGUUCACACUUCUCUGAAUGCCGAGGUCACCUGGCUUUUGGAUGGAAAUGCUCCUUCGAGGCUGACAGAGAAGGUUAAACAGGUUAAAAGCAGCUCUCUUAUUACCAGCAAUGUGGAAGUUCCCAGUGAUAAAUGGAGGAAGCUGAAGUCAAUCACAUGCAAAGCACAACAUACAUGUUUUUCUUCUUCUGAAAAGACAGUAACUGUAACAGGUUCUCCAGUUAGAUCUCCACAGGUGGAGAUAAGAAGAUCUUUCCCAGACCUGCUAAAUGGAACUAGCAAUGUCUUCCAGUGUUACAUCUCACAGCUCUCAUCACAUGACCUCUUUGUCACAUUCCAGACCAAUGGAAAGAAUAUUCCAGAGCAAUUUUAUGUCAAUCUUCCUGAAGGCCCUGUCAAUUAUUCAGUCAGUAGAAAAUUCACUGUUCCCAUGGAGAAUUUAAAAAACAACCCUGAUAUGACCUGCACAGUGAACCAAGGAUUCUCCAACAGCUCCUUCAAGUCUAACACCAUAAGAAAUAUAUUUGUGCCACCCUCUGCUGAACUCUAUCUGGACUCCAUUAAUACAUCGGAUAAACAAACACUCCUGUGUUCUGGAUUGGGCUUCAACCCACAAAUUAAAUGGCUGAAUGGCUCAGACCAGAUAGUUACAGCGAAUAAUGACAUCAGCAUUGAUAGAAUGGAACGCGCUUCAGUAACAAGUCGACUGCAAGUUCCUUUGUCAGAGUGGAAAUCAGGAAUGGUCUUCACAUGUGAAGUCUCUGAUCCAUCUCUGAAAAAGGUUGUCAAAAAGGAAAUCAGUGUCUGCUCAGUUAUGGCAAAAUCCUCUCAUAUGGCUGCAGUCUUCAUUCAAAGACCUGCACUUGAGGAGCUUAAAAACCGGGGACAGGUGACGGUUGCUUGUCUUUUUGUUGGAACUAGUCUAAGCGACUUCUCUGUAACCUGGGUAGUGCAUGGUCACCAAUCUUCACCAAGUCACAUCUAUACAGAAAGACCAAAAAAUCACAACAAUGGGUCUGAAACUUUGCACAGCUUCCUCAACGUUUCAGCUGAGGACUGGUACUCAAAUAAGAGAGUAUCCUGCGUGGGAAAACACCUUUGCUCCAACAAAAGUUAUGCAGAACAUAUCAGCAAAAAUAUAGAUCUGUAUCAGCCAGUUCUGAGGAUAUUGAAACCAACUUUUACUGAGCUAUAUAUGUCGAAGAGCAUUAUGAUUACAUGCUUAGUUUCAGGGUUUUUUCCAUCUGACAUAAUUGUUCAGUGGAAAGAGAAUGGCCAAGCACUUCCAGUUUCUCGCUAUAUUAACAGUCCAUCAUGGAAAGAACCAGGAACCAGCUUUUUUUCAAUGAGAAGCAGACUAAAUGUAACUAAGGCAGAGGACAAUAACUCAACAUACUCAUGUGUUGUCAGACAUGAAUCGUCUGAGGCCCCAGUUGAAACCAGCAUAAGUGACGUAUUUGCCUCUGUGACCUACACCAAACCUUCAGCUGUAUUGCUCCAGGGAGAGGAUGAACUAGUGUGCCUGGUCUCAGGCUUCAGUCCUCCAGCCAUUAAUAUCACAUGGUUCCGGAGUAAAACCACAGAACUGUUCGACUACACUUUAACAGAACCUUCUGAAGGUCAGGAUGGAAAAUUCAUCAUUCAAAGUCACCUUCGUCUGGCUCCAAUUGACUCCCUACCUGGUGUGGUUAUUACCUGCCGUGUCACGCAUGAAGGCACCACACUGUUAUUGAACAUGUCCAACCCAGACUCACUGGAACACUGUAAUUUUUUUGAUGCUAUCAAGGACGUGGAUGUGGGUGAGGAUGCGUUAAAGGAAACCUGGUCUAUGGCAUUAACUUUCCUCUGCUUUUUUCUCUUCGCCAUCAUCUUUUCUGUUGUUGUCCUAAUUAUCAAGACCAAAUAACGCCAAGCAAAGAGCAACUUUCAUCUCACUGGAUGGCACCAUUUUAGGAUUUCUGAGUUUGUGUAUUUUGAUACCGUAGUUUUUUUUGUUUUUGGCAAAAUGCAUGUGUGUUUAUUUGUACUAUUUUUC